AUGGCGGACGCUCUCCUUUCUAUUGUCUUAGACCGGUUGGCUUCUCUUAUUCAACAACAAUUUCAUCAUGAAGUUUGUCUGGUUGUGGGUGUUAAAAGAGAAAUCCAAAGCCUCACCAACACACUCCAGAUCGUCCGAGCUGUUGUUGCAGAUGCAGAGAAGAGACAAGUGAACGAGGAACCUGUCAAGGUUUGGUUGGAGAGGCUUAAAGACAUCGCCUACCAAAUGGACGACGUGCUGGAUGAGUGGAGCACUGCUUUUCUCAAAUCUCAGAUUGAGAGAGUUGAAAGCCCUUCCAUGCCUAAGAAGAAGGUAAGCUCCUGCAUUCCUUCCCCUUGCAUCUGUUUCAAACGAGUCGCUAGGCGUCGUGACAUUGCUCUUAAGAUUAAGGGUAUAAAACAAGAAGUUGACGACAUUGCAAACGAGAGAAAUCAGUUUGAUUUUAAAUCAACUAACAACGAGGAACUACAAAGAAUUAUAACCAUCUCUGCAGUUGACACUACAGAGGUAUAUGGUCGGGAUAGGGACGAGGGCAUCAUACUAAGGCAGCUGUUGGGUACGAGUUGUGAACAAAGCUUGGGCCUCUACACCAUCUCCGUGUUUGGGAUGGGAGGUAUCGGCAAAACAACUCUUGCUCAACUAGCCUUUAACCACUAUGACGUGAAGGCUCAUUUUGAGAUAAGAAUCUGGGUCUGCGUUUCUGAUCCUUUUGUCCCAAUAAGAAUUUUGAGGGCUAUUCUUGAAGCCCUCCAAGGCCAGUCUUCUGAUCUCCAUGAUCCUGAAGCUCUACAACAAAAAAUUCAAAAAUCUAUUUAUGGGAAAAAGUUUCUCCUUGUGCUGGAUGAUGUGUGGACCGAAGACUAUCAGUUGUGGGAACAACUCAAGAAUUGUCUCAAGUGUGGAGGUGGUGGGAGUAGAAUUUUAGUGACCACUCACAAUGAGAGCGUUGCUAGGAUGAUGAGAAGCACAUACAUGCACUCCUUAGGAAGCUUACCAUUAGAGCAAAGUCAGGCAUUAUUUUCCCAAAUAGCUUUCUGCGGGAAGAGUACCGACAAAAUUGAAGAACUAGAGGAAAUUGGCAAAAAAAUAGCAGACAAGUGCAAGGGGUUACCUCUUGCCGUUAAAGCUUUAGGGAGUCUGAUGCAGUCCAAAAAUAAUAAAGAGGAUUGGGAGAAUGUUUUGAAUAGUAAAAUGUGGGAAUUGGAUGUUUUUGAGAAAAAACUGUCCCCUGCCUUGUUGUUGAGUUAUUAUGAUCUGCCCCCGCCAAUUAAACAGUGCUUCUCAUAUUGUGCUGUCUUUCCCAAAGAUCACUCAAUUGAAAGAGAUGACUUGAUUAAGUUAUGGAUGGCACAAAGCUACCUCAACUCUAAGGCAGGCAGAGAGAUGGAGACAGUUGGGAGAGAGUACUUUGAAAACUUAGCAGCUCGGUCUUUCUUCCAAGAUUUUGAGAAAGAUGAUAAGGGUAACAUAGUAAGGUGCAAGAUGCAUGAUAUAGUGCAUGACUUUGCUCAAUUUUUGACCCACAACGAAUGCUUAAAUUUGGAGGAUGAUAGUGAAAACCUGAAGACGAACUUGUACCUUCAAAAAGGUCGUCAUGCAUCUUUAAUGGUACAUGGAAGUACCAAAUUCCCUUUCUCCGACAAUAACGUGAGAAAUUUACGCACGCUUUUAGUUGUGUUUGACGACAGGUAUAGAAUUGACCCAUUUCCACCUUAUUCAUUCCAGCAAUUCAAAUAUCUUAGAGCAAUGGAUUUGAGAGGUAAUGACUCAAUUGUAGAACUCCCAAGGGAGGUGGGUGAAUUCGUACAUCUUAGGUACCUUAAUCUAUCAUAUUGCAGGAGAUUGGAAACAUUGCCAGAAACAAUCAGUGAGUUAUGGAAUCUGCAAACCUUGAAUGUUUGUUGUUCUUUGCGCCUUAAAAAACUGCCUCAAGGAAUGGGAAAUCUAGUUAAUUUGAGACAUCUUUUAAUUAGUGGGGGAAUUUAUGGUGUGAGAAGCCUCCCAAAAGGAGUUGGAAGAUUAACCUCUCUUCGAACAUUGCCUGCUUUUAUUGUUUGUGAUGAGGAUGCAAGUGAUGAGGUUGCAAGUGAUGUGUGCGAAAUAGAAGAAAUGAGAAAGUUGAAUGAGCUUCGAGGAGAGCUUGAAAUAAAAGGACUGAGCAGUGUAGAAGAUGCAGGGGAGGCUGAAAAGGCAGAAUUAAAAAAUAAGAAACACCUCCAUGGUUUGACAUUAAGUUUCAAACCAUGGAAGAAACAAACAAUGAUGAUGAUGAAGGAAGUGGCCGACGCCUUACAACCCCAUCCAAACUUAAAAUCCUUAUGCAUAGCAUCAUAUCAAGUCAGAGAAUGGCCCAAAUGGAUGAUAGAGCCAUCAUUACUCCAACUAACACACCUUCACCUUUCGUCUUGCAUAGAAUGUCAGUGUUUGCCUCCUCUAGGGGAACUCCCACUUCUCGAGAGCCUGAAAAUAUACUGCAUACCGGAAGUGAAAUACGUGGGUGGUGAGUUCUUGGGAUCAUCAUCAGCAAUUGCAUUUCCAAGGUUGAAGCAUCUGUCUUUUAAAAUCAUGUCAAAGUGGGAAAAUUGGGAAGUAAAAGAAGAAGGGAGGAAAGUAAUGCCAUGUCUUCUUUCCUUGGAAAUAACAAGAAGUCCAAAGCUUGCGGCAGUACCAAACCUCCUGCUCCAGAGGAAACCACCAAUUAAGCUUUUGUUAAAAGGACGUUGGGCACCGUAA